AUGAGGAACUACAUGGAAGCUGGAUGGUUCUACUCUGGCCACCAGAUUCGACGCUACUUUUCGACCCGCUUGACAUCAUUGAGACCUCCCCGCGCGGCUUUGAAGAAUCCGUGGGAGAUAGUCCGGGAACUGGAUGGUCACCAAUGGGCCAUGUUUGGCGUCAGCUUUGCUGCUUGGACAUGGGACGCCUUCGACUUCUUCACGGUGGGCCUCUGUGUCACUGAGAUCGCUGAAGAUUUCGGAGAACUUCCUUCUGCUAUUACGUGGGGAAUUACUAUCACGCUCAUGCUACGUUCGGUGGGAGCGCUGAUCUCCGGCAGCAUCGGAGAUCGAUAUGGCCGGAAGUGGAUCAUGAUAGCCAAUCUCAGUCUGUUCAUCAUCCUGGAACUCUGCUCCGGGUUCUGCAAUACUCUGCCUCAGCUUCUCGGUGUCCGAGCCCUAUACGGAAUCUGUAUGGGUGGUCUUCUUGGUCCCGCCGUGGCCACUGCUCUCGAGGACCUGCCUUACGAUGCGCGCGGAAUUCUUGGCGCCCUUUUCCAUCAGGGCUACGCUUUUGGGUACAUCUUAGCGGCGUUGUUCUAUCGCGCGUUCGUGCCGACCUAUGGUUGGAGAUCGCUCUUCUGGUUCGGCGCAGGUCCUCCCGUCCUUAUUAUCGCAUGGCGCCUCUAUCUUCCCGAGACCAACAGCUUCCAAGUCCUCAAAGCCGCCCGCGAAGAUGAGUACGAAAAGGGUGUCCGGAACGGAUCCAGAUUCAGCGGCCUCCGUGCCUUUCUCGAUGAAGCUAAUAAGACCUUCCGCGAUAACUGGGUGCUUUUUGUGUUCAUGGUUAUGCUAAUGACAGCAUUCAAUUGUCUAACACAUGGCGGAGAUCUGUAUCCGACUUUUCUCAAGAUCCAAGCCGAAGCUGGUCCCACCCAAGUCACAAUCGUGACCUUUAUCGGACAAGUAGGCUCGAUCUUGGGAUCAACGACCGCCGGCUGGUUUUCGACCUUCGCUGGUCGACGUCUGACUAUGAUGGUGUGUUGUGUGAUGGGAGGCGCGCUUGUGGCGCCGUACGUACUCCUCAGAGGCGACAGACUGAUUGCAGUCACUAUCUCGGCUUUGAGCCAACCCUAUCGUUUUGUGCAAUUGCUGACUUCACCAGUCUGGGGCCCCGUUCCAGUCUACUUGGUCGAAUUAUCCCCAUACGCAUUAAGAACAUUCUUCUAUGGCGUUACGUACCAGCUAGGUAACCUUGCCAGUGCUGCGAGUGCUACGAUCGAAGCAAAGAUUGGCGAAAGGUUCCCUUUACCGCCAUCACCAGAUGGCAAGAAGAGAUUUGAUUACGGGAAAGUAAUUGGUAUCUACAUGGGAAUAUCAUUUGUAGUCAUUAUGAUACUUGUCUUCCUUGGUCCAGAGAUGACGCAGAAAGAACGGGAUGAAGAGGCAUCUGUCGUUCUUAAACUGGAAGAAGUGCGGGUUAACGGUCGCAGCCUUACGGAGAUGGGCCGAAGAGGGAAGACGACAGCAGGAGACACGGCGUCAUCGAGUGGCAGUGAAGAAGGUAUGGCUGAGAAGCGAGUCAGAGUCGGGAAGAGCGAGGCCGCGGCCGCUCGCAUUGAAGAUGUCUAA